UUCCCUAUAUAUUGCUUUGCUUUUACGUUUAGUACAAAUGAGGAUAAAUCUAAUUUUCAUUUUCUAAUUAAAGAUAAUUAACUGUUUUCCAUGACAUGUUACACAAACGAGCUUUUUCAUCUAAAACUUCAGUUGUCAACAAAAAAUUAAAAUCAUAUGGAAAUGUUUGAACCCUAGUUCUUCAAUUUCCAAAGAAAACUCACUAAACCAGCAUGAAUUAGUUAAACUCAUUUCACCACCACCAUGAAUAGCUCUUGAGCUUUGUUUCAGUUUUGUCGAAUAGAAUAUACUGUGGUUGAGCCCAUGAAUCUCAGCAGCUACAUUUAUUUAUUUUAUUUUAUUUUUUCAGCAGCUACAUAUACUGAGUUUAUAAAAAUGAAUACAUCCCUCUAUCUUUAGUACAUAGGGUUGCAGAGUAGCCAAUUUACUGAGUUUAUAAAAAAAAUGAAAUACAUCCCUAUCUUUAGUACAUAGGGUUGCAGAGUAGCCAACUUAUUACUAAUCUGCAAAUAUUUUGGUGCAAAGUAAAUUCAUUCGAGUGUGAAUAUACUAUGUAUUUGUCAUAGAUCAUGAAAUUGUUGUAAUCGUAGAAAAUAAAAAGAAGAAAGAGUAAAUGAAAGCAAGGAGGGAGGGGACCGUUAAUGACGUUAUUAAUCUCAACCAAAAAUAUCAGUUGACACGUGUCGAGAUAGUACUCAACGCUAACUGUGGUCCCUAAAGAAUUGCCUGCGAUCAGGUAAGAGAAUCCAACCAAUUAAAUUUUACAUUAUUGUCUGUAAGAAGACCAAUUAGUAGAAAAAUUAAUAUAAUACAGUAUAUUAGUGUUUAUAUAUACAAACGCAUAUUCAAAGUUAAGAGAAGUAGGGACCAAUUUCUGAAAUUUUUGACCUAAGCUAAUAGUUGCUGUCUAAUCGGCGGUACGACAAAUUUUAUUCCAUCACAAAAAAAAACAAAUUAAAAAUGGAAUAUUAACUUUGGUAUGAACACAUGACUACAGGCAGCAUUAUACAUCAAAAGGAAAUAAAUAUAUUAAAAGUGUCAUAUAUAUAUAUAUAUAUUUAAAUGUUCAUAAAAUCAUGUAAUAUGAAAAAGAGCGAAUAGUUUAAUAAGCAAAACACUACCCAAUGAUGAGUGGUAAUAUUAGAAGUUGGUAGCCAUCUGACCGCUUCGAAUAUUUGGCAUUACUAUUAGAUAGAUUUUUGUAAGAUUUUCUCUCGAGUGCGUUACACGUGAGAAGGCGAUGAACAAGAGAAACUAUAACAAACAAGUACUCCCCAAACAGCGAGGUGAGCGAUGGUUGUUCAUAAGGAGUAUUUACAUGUGUCGUGUAAACAUAAUAAGGUCUAUGUUUCGUGUGGAAUCAGCUAACAGAUGAUUGGACAAAGGGAGUCACAUUAACGAUCAAAGUCGUCCAUCUCAUAACCACUCCUGUCCCCACAAGAAGUGUCCUACGUCUCACGGCUCGACUAAUUAGUAUAGUAAGUACUUACUCUUCUCCGGAGUAUAUAUAACCUUUCUAUAUCUUAAACUUUUGUAAAUUUAAACUUAAGAGAUUAAAUGGUAAGAAGCAAAUGUUUCAGUACUGGAGGGAAAGCAAUUUAUCGGAAUCAGGUAGAUGAGAUAGUAAUAGGAAGCAUUAAUGGAGUUUUUUUGUUCAGAAUAUUGAUCACACUCACAACAAACACUACUAAUAGUCUUAUUGACUAUACGUGGGUAACAUUUAUUCAUUGCACAAGCAUACGUCGAUCACGAAAAAGAUCAUUGUGAUCACACACAGACAUCUGAUCAUAUCUAAAUGAACCGUAGCCGUAUGCCCAAACCUCCAUGAUAUAAAGAAGAAAUCUAAAUGAUCAUAUCAAAUAAUAAAAAGUAAGGAAAAGGUUACAACCAAAGAAAAGAAGAUAGAAACGUUUCAAGGUAGACAAAACGGAGAAUAAUUGGGGUUAUCCACAUUGUUGAAAAAGUCUUUGGUUACUUUUUCCUACUCAAAUUCUUUCUGGUUUUGUUGAAAACACUACUAUGUAUUGUGUUGCGGAGUUCUUAUCAUAGUUCAAAAACAAUAGAGUUAGUUAUGAUGGCUGGAAUUUUCAAUUCAUAUAUGAAACGCUAUUUAUAUAUUUUGAAAAGGUUUGCAUAUAUAUAUAUAUACAUUAUUCUUAUUAAUAAAAAAUAGUUGACUUCCACUUCAUCUUUUGACAAAUGAAAACUAAUUGCUGGAUGCUAAUUAUAUAUCAAUCAGCUAUGAGGCCUAUGUUUUAGUGAAUCUAGUGAUGGAUGGAUGUCUAACUCUAUUGAUUCGAAAUUUGUUUUUAGGAAACAAUUUUUAUUAAUUAUAUAAAUUAAAUGUUAAAACAUGUUUUUUGAAAGAAAAAUGUUAAAACAUGUUAGCUAUACUUUUUUAUAAUGUCAUGUUAAAAAUAAGAGAGGUGUAUUUGUCUGCUUCUCUUAGUAACCCCCCGAAGUUAGGCUUUGUUUACUUCCAAAACUGGACCACAGACAAGAAAAAGAAGAAGCAUUUUGAAAAUAAAUUCUGCAAUGGACCACUUCUCCACUCUUCUGCGUUCAUCUUCAAUGCUUCACUGUGUUGUCCAUAUCUCUCCACAUUGUUUGCUUACUUUUAGUUACGCAUUUAACAUCUAUUUGGGAAUAUUUGGCCAAUCUGAAAUAGCAUCUGGUUUAUCUCUUUCUAUUCUCUGGUUUCAUUUCGCUUGGAAUCCAAUGCGACUCAGCUUGUACUCAAAUAUUGUAUAGAUAUUUGGAACUCAACAUUUUUUUUUGGAUUACUAUCUUGCUUCUCAGGAUCAAGGAGGUAAAACCAAAUAACUUGCAAGCUCAAUCUUGUGAAUCUUUAGCAUAUUAAGAUUUCAUUUGUUCGUACCCUAACUCACAUUUUAAUCAAUCUUGACACCCAUUUAAUUGAUGCACCAAAUUUAUGUUGUUAAUAAUUUUUAUUAUAUUAUUCUAACAUAUUAAUAAUCUUAAAAUAUGAAAUACAAUAAGAAGCUAAGAAAUUAAACAAGUUAAUCGACCUAUGCUGAAUGUGGCAAAAAUCAAUAUAUAAUUUAUUUAUCAUAUUGUAAUGCCCUAAAUCAUAAUUGAGUUGGUGAGGAAUGUUAUUGGCCCAUUUUAACCUUAUGGGCCUCUUUCCUUGCCAAGUUUAAUAUCCCAAAAGGCCAAAACAAUGCCUCUAGAUCAGAAUAAAACACACAUGACAAAAACACAUAUACCAUCUGUUUUCACUCAUGGACUUCAUUAAUACACAUAGCAUACAGCAAAUGCAGUUUUUUUAGUUAUUAACAUUAUGAAGCCUUACCAGUAAGGCACAAACACUGCCUUCCAAGGCACCGCAUACCAAAAGUAAUCUCCUGUUAAACUAGCAAGUUCUAAAGCAGUAGAGUAGUGAGCAUUGACAUCAACAGGUGAACCAGCAACAAGGAAUAGUCUCCGACAGUUUUCUGAGAUCGUCCCAGCCUACAGCUUUUGGCCUUGAUAACAUGCACUACACCAAACUGAUGAGCCUAGAAGACUAUAGUGAUAAGUCCUAAGCGAACUGAAACAUAGACUAAAUUAUAGGACACUGGACACCUAAACGGGAAUCUCCUCUGAAUUAAGACUAGCUUGGGAAUCCAAAGGAGACUUCAAAAUUGUGCCCUCAGAUGUUGCCUGAAGAACCCACUUUUCAAAUCCCAUUUUACAAAGAAGCUGCAAUGUCUUGUACCUUUGGUUCCAAUGAACUUGGUAAUACCUUAAAACAUCAGAAGAAACGCUUCCAUGGAUCACAAUUAAAAAUAGAACCUGUUUUUAAAAGUAUUUAUUACAGUAACGAGUUUAUUAAUAUAUAUUUCAUUAAACUAAUGAUCUUCGAGACAUGAACUGCUAUUUCCCACCACCAUAGUCCGAGAUCUCUGUUACUUCGUGGCAGCUAAUUUUCCGCUGAUCGAUUAUUUAAUUUACAAACCAUAUAUUUAAAAGCAUGUGUAUUUAAACACUAUUGAACUACAAAUACAAAUUAGUUAAAAGUGAUUUUCAAGUUAGUGAUAAGACCUGCAUGGAACAAUUUCUGACAAAAAACUAUAGAAAAUUAUUGGUCUAAUGGUCUAUAAUUGCAACAUUGUUGUAUGUACUUUAAUCUUAAUUUACGUUUCAGGUAAAAAGUACCCACAAUUAUGCACCUUCUGUUUUUUAUGUAUAAAUAUUCUGCCUAUUUUUACCUUUUUGCUAGUAUAUUUAUGAACGGCCAGAAUGUUGUCAUUUUAGUAGGAGGAUUGACUAUAUACCCAUAGGCCAUAGCCAUCACCUAAAUCAGUAAUAAAACAAAAAUCUAUCGUAUUUAUGAACGGCCAGAAUGUUAGUAUCAUUUUUUUUUCUUUUUGUAAAAGUGCUUUCAUUAAAAUUAAAACAAAGUACAAAAUGUGAUUUGUUAAAUCACAUAGUUUGAGAAAAUUUGAUACAUAAAGCAGAGAAAAAGAGCUAAUACGUAAGAAAACUUAGUAUUACUCUUAAGAUUAACCAAAUUAAAAAAAAAUAUUAGUGGCUUGAUAGGAACCUCGACCUCUACGGCCAUAGUUAUCAUUUUAGUAGGUAGAUUGAUCUUUGAUCAUAUAUACAUAGCCAUAGUCAUCACUAAAUAAGUAAUAAAACAAAAAAUCUAUCGUUUUAGUCAAAGAUAUUAGCGAAGUGGGUCUGAUAAAUAAUGUACUUCGUUCGAAAAGUUGGAAGGAGAAUCUAAGAAGGGACAGUGUCAGAAAACGAAGGCUGAGACUCGAGAUGGAGUUAAGUUGAAAUGUUGAAUACUAAAAGCGUGUUGUUGUUUCAAAAACUGACCUGGUCUUAGUCUUCGACAUGAAAAACUUGAGUCAUCCGUUUCUCUUCAUCGUUUGAUUUUGUUACCUACUUUUCAAAAGUUACUUGUAAUGAAAAUCCACAAAUGAUGAUUCUUCAACUUCUUUUUUACACAUGAAACACAUUCAUAAGCUAUACAUUUAAUUUUGUUCAAAAAAAAAAAAAAAAGCUAUACAUUUAAUAAAACAUGCGCCUAUAAACAAUAUGUUAAAAAUGAUAAUUGUCUGGUAAAAGUUUCUAUGAUAUCAUUAAACCCCGCUUUUAACCAAAUAGCCUUUUAUGAUUUAUCACUGCUAAGUGUUAACUCUUACCAUUUCUAACUUGUUUUCUGGCUGUUAAAAAGUUCAUAUACAUAUUGUUAAACUGAUAAUUACCUACUAGACCCACAAUUUAGUUGCUAAAUUUGGUUUCUUCACCAGGGAUUGCAUGUUCAACGAAUAUAAGUUAUGUGUUUGGUGUGUAACAGCUUCUUACACAAAUAUAUCAUCAUUAAUUUGAGUUCGAAGUUAUAUGUUUGGUGUAGAACAAUAAUUCUGUUUUAGAGAUAAAACAAUAACAUAUAGUGGGUUGUUAUGCAUGUAGAUAGUAAUAUAAUAAUCUGUCUAUCACAGUUUUAAUUUCUUGAAGUUGAAGUUUCAGAACAGAUGUUAUUAUAUAAGAUAAUUAAGAUAUACAGAUGAUCUAACAGAAACAUCAAAUUAAUAAUACAGAUAUACAGAUUUUCAAGAACUAACAGAAAUAUCAAAUUAAUAAUGAUACUUAUCCACCUCCUUUUAGCUGUCUGCCAACUUAUCCAGAUAACUGAAAUAUCAAUAAAAUACGAGUUUUGACAAAAUAAUUAAAUAAUCUGAAAACGAUGUUUUCAUAUUCGACCGAGCCUAUUGUAUUUUAUUUUGUUCCCCCGCAGCAGAAGAGAUUAGCAUAAAUUGCCUUCUGAAACUAGCAAUGGAGACUAGAGAAUAGAGAUUACACAAAUGUGAUAUAAAAGACGACAUAAGAUCAAAAGUCUAAUAAUUUGUCAAUAUCACUAUAUAUGCUAAUCUGAUGUGAAUAUAUCCAGUAAGUGUUCUUACAAGUGUAUAUAUUUUAGAUAUAAAUUAUGAAUGGGUAUUUUCUAAUUUUUAACCACUUGUAAGUUCUAUAAUGUGAAAUAAUGGAGUACCUAUUGAUUAUGUUCUCCAAUGAAGUGUCAAGUUGCAGGCAGUUAAUCAUAUCAUGUUCCCCAUACUCGACUGCUAAGCAAUGUUUAGGGACCCUAAUUUUUACACACAGCACACACCUUUUUACUGUUUAACUAUUUUAUAUUGAAAAGACUAUUACGUUUUUAUACUAUAUCUGUAAAUGUUUCACCUUUUUUUUUCCUCUAGAUUAUCAAUUACUAAACAUUACAUUAGAAAGCACGCCCGUUUUGAUUGAUAAGAGAUGAAUAUGCGUUGAUCUCAUCAUCCCUCUACGAAAGUCAAGUUUGAAAAAGUCAGUUCAUAUCCAAGUUUACAAGUUGCUAGUUCCAAGUUCUUAUAAUUAUAAUCUUACGUCUCUAUCGUAUAUCCAUCCAAAUUUUUGUUACGUAUGUUUCAAGCCAAACAUCAUUAUAACCCAUUCCAUUUACAUGAUUUAAACAAAAAAACUUGUAUAUAUAAAUAAAACGAAACAAAGAAAAAAAAACCUCCAACACAAACUUCCGAAAAUAACGGAACACACACAAAUGUCUCCCUCUCCAUCUCGAUCUCCCAUUGUCUCCGGCGAUCCGAACCUAACGACUUGUCUUUACCAAACGGACCACGGCGUGUUCUAUCUAACAUGGUCACGCACUUUCUUAGGAGGCCACUCUCUAAACCUCUUCCUCCACUCUCAAGACUACUACAACAGCCAUUCUUCCCCUCUCUCCUUCCCCUCCCUCUCCUCCUUAGCCUCCUUCCACCUCAGCUUAAACACAUUGACCUUCUGGAGAAAACGCGGAUCCAAAUUCAUCUCCUCGAAUAUCCAAGUCCUCUGGGACUUGACCCGCGCCAAAUUCGAAUCCGGAUCCGAGCCAAGAUCCGGAUUCUACGUGGCCGUGAUCGUCGACGGAGAGGUGGGACUCUUGGUCGGAGAUUGCGGCGACGCUCGGGUGAAGUCGCCGGCGAAUAGACAGGCUCUGGUGAUGAGGAAAGAGCACGUGUUCGGAGGUAGCGUGUUCGCCACGAAAGCUAGGUUUGGUGGUAAGAACAGAGCGAUCAAGAUCGAUUGUUGUGUGGACGAAGACGCGAGGUUAUGUUUCUGCGUGGAUUCGAAGAUGGUUCUGGAGGUCAAGCGGCUGAGGUGGAAGUUCAGGGGGAACGAGAGGGUGGAGAUCGACGGAGUGGCGGUUCAGAUCUCGUGGGAUGUUUAUAAUUGGCUGUUUCAGGGGAAGAGUUUAGGACACGGUGUGUUUAUGUUCCGGUUCGAGAGCGAUCCCGAGGAGAGAGAGGGAAGUGGAAACGACGUCGUUUUGUGGAAGCCGAGAAAGUGUGGGAGUGGGUUUAAAGGGAUGGUGGAGUGGAGGAAGAUGAGGAGGAGAUUUGUUAAGAGUAAGAGGAGCUCUUCGUCUUCUUCAUUGUCGAUGUCGAUGUCUUCUGCUUCGUCGGCUUGUAGCUCGUCGGUUUUGGAGUGGGCUAGUAGUGCUGAUGAGUCCGAGUACGGUGGAGGAGGAUCUUCCGGUUUAGGUUCUGGUAAUGGUCUUGGAUUCUCCUUGCUGGUUUACGCGUGGAUUAAGUGAGUUUUGGGGAAAAAGAUUAAACUGUUGCGGUCAAACAAUUAUUUUUAAAAAAUUACUGUUUUAUGACGUUUUAUUACCACCUCUUAAACCACGGACAAGAAGAGAAAAUAUUGAAGUAAAUUUUAUAUAUAUUCAAUUUUCGUUUCUGUAUCUUUUUCGUAUAUAUCUCACGAGUAUAACUUAAUUAAAGAAAUUCGAGUACAUUUUGUAGAAGAAAAAGGUUGAUAUUUGAUGACGGUGUCUUUGUUGUAUUAGUUGUUACAUGUUGACUCCAGUGGGUUUGGAUGAUAAUCAGAUUAUAGCUUUGGAUU